GUGCGCAGCUAUGUUCACUACAUUCAACUAACCUCAACGUCUUCGCAUGCAUGUUGGAGCAAGUAAAGUAAAUUGUUGAAAAAGUGUCGUGUUCAAAAUAAUUAACAUUUUGACGUGGAUGAUCGAUUAAUUGAAUGCGUCAUUCUAAAGUAUUCAAAGCAGUGGUAUAUCAUAGAAAAUCAGGAAAAUGUUUAAAAAAUUUGACGAGAAGGACAGCAUUUCUGGUGUUCAGCAAUUAAAAUCGUCUGUACAAAAGGGAAUUCGUUCGAAACUCCUGGAACUAUAUCCUCAUCUGGAUAGUCACAUAGACGUUAUAAUACCAAAAAAGGACGCUUUCCGCAUCGUAAAAUGUCACGACCACAUAGAGAUCAUAGUGAACGCAGCAGGAGAUUUGUUAUUUUUUCGCCAACGUGAAGGCCCCUGGAUGCCUACUUUAAAAUUAUUACACAAGUAUCCAUUCUUCUUGCCAAUGCAGCAAGUUGAUAAAGGUGCUAUUAGAUUUGUUCUUAGCGGUGCCAACAUAAUGUGCCCUGGUUUAACAUCAAAAGGCGCAAAGAUGAUGACUGUGAAUAAAGGAACUGUUGUCGCUGUUAUGGCAGAGGGCAAGCAACAUGCGUUAGCUGUUGGAAUUACAACAUUAUCAACAGAAGACAUUGCCAAAGUAAACAAGGGAAUAGGCAUCGAAAAUUGUCAUUAUUUAAAUGAUGGACUUUGGCAAAUGAAACCAGUGAAAUAAGACUGAUUAUCCUAACAAAGAUAAAAUCAGAGAGCAUUUUGUACAUUUCUGCUAUCCAUUUUACCUUGCAAUACAAUCAUUUCACAUGGAACGGUUUACAAUUUCGUGUAUCUGUGGUAUGUGUUGCGUGCAAGCCAUAAUAAAGCUAAAGAUUAUCACUACAUUUUUACUUUAUAAAUGGAAGGAUUAUGUUGAAAGUUUGUGUGAAUGCAACAUAAUAUAGGAAGGAAUAGUCGAAUACAUGUUAAUUCAGAAUUUGUAAAAUAAUAAAAAGAAACAAUUAAAAUAAACAAUAAUUAAGUAGA